AUGGCUGCCAAAGAGUUGAUACUGACGGGUAUCAGACAGAAAGUCCACUCUGGAAAUGAGAUCAGGGCAUGGGAGGAUCCUUGGAUCCCAACGAUCCCAUCGAGGCCGGCCAGAACCUGUGCACCAGUUGUACAUCCAUUGAUGGCAGUAAGCGAACUCAUGACGGGUAAUCCGAGGUGUUGGGAUGCACAGAAACUGGAACAAUAUGUUCAAAGGGAGGAUAUUGAGCUGAAAACAUCACUGGCCAUAAGCCAAGAAUUUUCUCGAGAUGAAUAUUGCUGGAGUUAUACGAAAAAUGGAAUGUACACGGUCAAAUCAGGGUAUUGGGUUGCAACCAACUUGCUUAGAGAACAUACCUCGGAGCCUGAGCCAAGUAUUUUAAAACUCCAAGCCUUUGCUUGGAAAAUAAAGGCUCCUCCGAAGAUCAAACAUUUCAUAGCUAUAUCUGGACAAUUAGCAGUUACUAGUAACCUAAACCAUCGUCAUAUGCGAUGUGAUAAUCAUUGUCCUAGAUGUGGAGCUGAGGAUGAAACCAUUAAUCAUGCAUUAUUUGAAUGCCCCCCAUCUAUUCAAACUUGGGCACAUGCUGCUACACUUACCCCUCCAACUACAUUUCCCAGUGCUAGUCAUUUCUCGAACAUCGAUUAUCUAUUUUGGAGAAAGAAUGACAUUGAAGACCCGGAACUAGAUAAAGACCCAUACCCGUGGAUCCUAUGGUUCAUAUGGAAAGGAAGAAAUGAGAAGCUAUUCAGAGGAAUAGACAGGGACCCUUUGGAAACUGUAAGACAUGCGGAAUCGGAAUGUCAUGUUUGGUUUGCUGCAAACCGGAAGGAUGAGGUGGUGGUAUUGCCGGUAGAUACAACUCCUCCUUUACAAACAGAAAUAUGCUUGAUUGAUGGUUCAUGGACACAUAAUGCAUUCUUUAGUGGUUAUGGUUGGACAUGGAAGAACAAGGAUGGAGGAAUUCAGCUACUGGGUGCAAGGAAUAAACCUCGAAGGAUAUCAGCUUUACAUUCGGAACUUGAAGCGUUAAUAUGGGCGAUGGAGUGUAUGCUGCAAUUAUCGACCUGUCAGCUCUUUGGAACUGACUGCAAGGAUUUAAUAUCAAUGAUCGAGGACCCUGGAUCAUGGCCGAACUUCUCAACUGAACUGAAAGAGCUUCUCAAAUUGAAGAGUAGAUUCUCAGAGUUUUCGAUAGUUUAUAUUUCGCGCAGUGAGAAUGUAUCUUCUGAUUCAUUAGCUAAGAUAGUAAGAUCUUUCCAUAGGAACUUGUAUUACAUUGGUUGUUAUAUUCCGGUCUGGUUUCACAGACCACCUCAAGUCUAA